AGCAGUGCACACACCACCAAUCACCCCAACCCCCACCUCCCUGUAAAGUUGCCUCCUUUUUGCCCCCUACCUCUCUUUCUCUCUCUUCUUCCCUUCCCCCUUCCAUCUCCAUCCAUCAAAUGCAGCGUGUCCUUCUCUGAAACCGAUCCACCUACCCGUUUGGCCGAGCCCAUGCCCGUGUGAAGUGGAACGCAUCAGUGGGGGGUGAGCAUGUGAUGGGGAAGCAGCAGCAGGAGGAGAGGAGGAGGAGGAGGAGGAGGAGGAAGAGGGGGGCGUUUUGGUCCUGGGAAAAGGAGGUUUAGCCCCCACAAGAAGAGGAGCAGCGGCAGAGCAGAGCACUUGCGUGCAGGGCUUCUCCACUGUUCCACCUCUCCCUCUCUCUGCCUGAUGGGGAUGGGAUUCCGGAAAGGUGAUUUGUUUCUCCUCUUCUCAGAUCCCGAGGGUUCGAACCGUAACUCCUCCUUCAGACGCCGUCCGUCGCCGUCAUCCUCAUCGCCGAACACGCAGUCCUCAUUCCUCCACAGUGCCAAUCAUCACGGCCGUUCUUUUCCAUCAACCGCCGUCGUGGCCGUACGUCAGGGCGGGCAGAUCUCCGUUUCUUGUUCUCAGACUCAACAGUAGCAUAAGAGUAUGUAGCUGCUGCUUUGGUCCUUUGGAUGAGUUAUUUGCACAGAUUUGGAUCUGGAUUUGGUCUUCCUGUACCUGGUUUUGAUGGUAUGGUGGUGGGGUUUUUCCGAGAAACCCAUGAAUUGGUUUAUUGAUGCGCAAAUAAUGGAUCAGAAAACUGGUUAUCUUAGUGAUGAGUGCAAUUCAUUGCUGGAAUGGUCAAAGAUAUUCCCGGCAAGGGAUUGGAGGACUUACCUAUACAACAACUAUUUUGAAUCAAAGAAGGUGAGGGGGAUAUGGUGGAAGAAGCUGCUGGCCUGGUGGGUAGCUGCAUGGUUCCUGGGUUCCUUAUCGAUCUUCUGGUUUAUGAACUCCCAAGCAGUGGAUAAGAGGAGAGAGAUGCUUGCAAGCAUGUGCGAUGAGCGUGCUAGGAUGCUUCAGGACCAGUUCAAUGUCAGCAUGAACCAUCUUCAGGCCUUAGCUAUCUUGAUUUCAACCUUUCACCAUGCUAAAGAGCAUUCUGCCAUAGAUCAGAUAACUUUUGCUAGAUAUGCUGAAAGGACUGCUUUUGAGAGGCCACUGACGAGUGGUGUGGCAUAUGCCGUGAAGGUGCUGCAUUCAGAAAGAGAACAGUUUGAGAAGCAACAUGGUUGGAGGAUCAGGAGAAUGGAUCCAACAGAGCAGACACCCGCACGGGAAGAAGAUGCAGAUUUUGACAACCAGGAGACAUCCCCUGUUAAAGAUGAAUAUGCUCCUGUUAUUUUUGCCCAGGACACCUAUAAACAUGUGAUUUCAUUCGAUAUGUUGACAGGGAAGGAAGAUCGUGAAAACAUCCUACGAGCUAGGGAAUCUGGGAAAGGGGUUCUAACUGCUCCUUUUCAGCUAUUAAAGUCAAAAAGGCUUGGGGUUAUUCUGACAUAUGCAGUUUACAAGUCACAACUUCCUUCAUAUGCGACACCAGCUGAGCGUAUCCAAGCAGCCAUAGGGUACUUGGGUGGAAUCUUCGACAUAGAGGCUCUAGUGGAUAAAUUACUUCACCAACUUGCAUGCAAGCACUCCAUUGUGGUCAGUGUUUAUGAUACAACAAAUCCUGAUGCACCAAUUAGUAUGUAUGGUUCAAACAUGACUGGAAUUGGCAUGUACCAUAAUAGUACCCUUCAUUUUGGCGAUCCAGUAAGAAAGCAUGAGAUGCAUUGCAGGUUUAAACAAAAGUCUCCGCUUCCAUGGCUCGCAAUAACAACUUCAUUUGGAACUCUCGUUAUUGCUUUACUAGUUGGAUACAUAAUCCAUGCUACUGUCAACCGCAUUGCGAAAGUUGAAGAUGAUUAUCGACAAAUGAUGGAACUUAAAAAGCGGGCUGAAGCAGCCGAUGUUGCAAAGUCUCAGUUCUUGGCAACUGUUUCUCAUGAAAUAAGGACACCAAUGAAUGGAGUAUUGGGUAUGCUUCAAAUGCUUAUGGAUACUGAUCUGGACAUAACACAAGAAGACUAUGUUAGAACCGCCCAAGCCAGUGGAAAAGCUUUGGUGUCACUUAUAAACGAGGUUCUGGAUCAGGCUAAGAUUGAAUCUGGUAAGCUUGAGCUUGAAGCUGUUCCAUUUGACUUGCGGGCUGUGUUGGAUGAUAUAUUGUCACUUUUCUAUGGAAAGGCUCAGGAGAAAGGACUAGAGUUGGCGGUAUAUGUCUCUGAUCAAGUCCCUGAAAUUCUCAUUGGUGACCAUGGAAGAAUACGCCAAAUCAUCACAAACCUGAUCGGAAAUUCAAUAAAAUUCACAGAGAGAGGUCAUAUUUACCUGACUGUCCAUCUUAUUGAAGAGAUGAACUCACCUGAUGUAGUUACAGAAGCUCAUUCUACAAAUACCUUAAGUGGCUUUCCAGUAACUGAUAGAAGAUGUAGCUGGGAAAGCUUUAAGAUCUUCAAUCAGGGACUUUCUGCAACUGAUCCAUCUCUUCCGUCAAUCUCUUCUGAUCUUAUAAAUCUGAUCAUAUCAGUUGAAGACACAGGGUUGGGGAUUCCUUUAGAAGCCCAAUCCCGUGUGUUCACUCCUUUCAUGCAGGUGAGACCAUCAGUUUCUCGCAUUCAUGGCGGAACUGGCAUUGGCUUGAGUAUUAGUAAGUGUUUAGUUGGUCUCAUGAAGGGAGAGAUCGGAUUUGUGAGUAAACCUCAGAUUGGUUCCACUUUUACCUUCACAGUUGUGCUCACAAGGGCAUAUGCUAUUUCAAAUGAUUACAAAUCAUCAGAAUUUCAUGGGAUGGCUGCAUUGGUAGUUGAUCAUAGACCGGAACGUGCAAAGGUCACAAAAUACCAUCUCAACAGGCUGGGCAUAUAUGCUAUAUUGGAAAUUGACCCAAAUAAAGUUCUUCCUAGAUUAACAAGUGGGACAUUGACAACGAAUAUGGUGAUUAUUGAAAAGGAAACAUGGUCAAAUAAUGCUAGUAUCUGGCCUUCUAUUAUCAGCAAUUUAAAGGGUGAUCAGUUAGAUAUUCCAAAAGUUCUCCUUUUAGCAGGUCCUGCAAGUUCUGCCAAAGGUAUGUCUGUUGGUUCGAUGGAAUAUAUCUCAACUAUAAUCUCAAAGCCGCUCAGAGCAAGCAUGCUUCAAUUAUCUUUAAGACGAGCUAUGGGUUGUGGAGAUGGGGAACAUGCACAAGAUGAAAGGCUUCCCCGGUUAUCAUUGAAUCGCCUUCUUAAUGAGAAGCAGAUUCUGGUAGUUGACGACAAUAUUGUAAAUCUUAGAGUAGCAGCUGGUGCUUUAAAAAGGUAUGGAGCUGAAGUAACUUGUGCAGAGAGUGGGAAGAAGGCUAUUAAAAUGCUCAAGCCACCACACAAAUUUGAUGCUUGUUUUAUGGAUAUUCAGAUGCCUGAAAUGGAUGGAUUUCAAGCUACUAGGAGGAUACGUGAGAUGGAAGCUGAUGUAAAUAAUCUAAUAAAGCAUGGGAAGGUGCCAUUUGAGUGUUACCGGGAUGUAUUACACCUGCAUAUUCCUAUACUGGCCAUGACAGCAGAUGUAAUCCAUGCAACACAUGAGGAGUGCCUAAGGUGUGGAAUGGAUGGCUAUGUUUCAAAACCAUUUGAAGGGGAACAGCUGUACAGGGAAGUUGCUCGGUUUUUAGAAACAUCUGCAAAAGGGAAUCAAUAGAGAAGGGUAACUCUGGAAGAUCCACUAAUGAUAGGAUGUUGGCACAAGUUUUGGUACAUUUGAGCUUCAGGCACUGUCUGAUGAAACAUAUUGUUUCAGAAGUACUCUACAAAAUCAGUUAUGAGCCCCUCAAAAACGAAAAGCUACAACAGCUUUCAGAGAGUGGAAGGUGAUGGGUACUCGGGAACAAGGUGUGAUAGUUGGAGAUGGAGCAGAUCCUUGUUUGUUCUCUAUUCAUUUGGUUGCAUCUAACUUGUAGGAUCCAUCUAUAUCAAGAUUAAUGUGAGAUGCAUAACCAUAGAUGCAACUUUCAUUCUCUGACAUGUUAUGGAGAAGAAACACCUUUUUGGACCUGAUAACCACUGCUGAUCCUCUGCCUGUCUUCAAUAAAGUAGAUCACAGACGAUUGUUGAUUUUCCUCCUGGAGCAUUAGAUGAGGUGUGUACAUAGACUAAGAGUCAUUUUAGAUUUUUUAUUUGUUUGUCAAAUAUGUGAUAAAAUACGUCUUCUACAGCAACACAAGUAACUCAUGGAUGUAAAUUACAUUAGUCAGAAUAAAAUCUCACUGAAGUCAGAUUCAACA